UGGUGAUCCGGAAUGGACCACGCCCAUCGGGCUGAGUGAGCGGAGGGCUGGGGGUCCAGGGGCCACGGGCGUGAAAUGUCACGUGCUGCGCCCGGGUUCGUGGUCCCUGGUCCUCCGCACCGUCCCGGAGCCGCGGGCCGAGCGUCCUCGCUCAGUCCGGGAGCGACGCUGCGCCGAGCGGCCGAACGCCCGAGAUGUGGAAGCUGAGCCGGAACCGGGUGCUUCUGGACGAGGCCCCCGAGGACGAGGACGGGCUGCGAGGGGCACCGCCGACUUCAGCUGCCGCCCCGGCGCCGGUGAGGGCACGCGUGGGGGCGCAGGGAGCAAGUCUCAGAGGUUGGAAAGAAGUAACUUCUCUGUUUAAUAAAGAUGAUGAGCAGCAUCUGAUCCAGACGUCCAAGUCUCCCAAGUCCAAAGGAAGUAAUCUCCGACUAAAAGAAGAGUUGAAGGCAGAGAAGAAAUCAGGAUUUUGGGACACUUUGGUUCUGAAACAGAAUGUCCAGCCUAAAAAACCAGACCAGAUCGAAGGUUGGGAGCCUCCCAUACUUACUGCUGAAGACAUGGCGGCUGACCCGGAGGGUGGUAGCAGUGGCUGCCCACCCUGGUCUGGCUGGGAGGAUGACACCAAGGAUUCUAGCAAGUACACCAGCCUGACCAACUCAGCCAGCAGCUCCCGCUGGAGCCUCCGGUCGGCAGGGAAACUGGUCAGCAUCCGGCGACAGAGCAAGGGCCACCUAACGGAUAACUUUGAGGAAGUGGAAUGAACCGAAGGCGCUUCACUGUGACAUCACAUUGCUUUUAGGGUUGGCCAAGCCUGGUGGCCUUCUGCUACUGCUCCAUUAACUUGUUGAGCCCUCUCAUAGCCAAGGAAAGGGAUCCGCAGAGUUGCUUGUGUUUUGUGCUCCAUGACCCACAUGCGCCAUGGCUUCCUGGUGGCAUCUGGUUGCCUUAUUGCAGAAGCAUCCACCCACCGGGUGCUGGUAUGUUGAAAGGACAUGGGCGUUGCACACCCUGUCCUGUGAGACAGAAUAGUGACUUGCAGGCUCCCCUGAGUUUCAUGCCAACCUCAGUCACGUGUUCUCUUAGAGCCUCCUCAUCUUGUCCAUGCAUGUGACAUGAGUGCGAACAUGGCCUCUGUGGUACCUUCUUCCUUUACCAGAAUACAAGAAGCCUCUUCCAAAGUUACAGUAAUUCAGUUUAACAACAGGUUCGUUUUUUUUCCCUUAUGAAGAUAAAAACAAAACAAAAUCUAGAUGCUGGAAGUGACUGAGGUGAUUUGAAGUAGACUGUCAGGGCAUUUUGAGUGACCCAUCUGCUGCUGAGGAGGCGUGGCCUCCACUGUGAGCUUGGGUGGCAACAGGUUCUGUUCUCUUAAUGGAAUUUCAUCUUUACUUUUGAACUUUUAAAUACCAAUCUUUUUAUUUUUUUAAGUUGAUCUUAAACUCAAAGAAGAAAUACUAUGAAUCUUAGUCACCCAAAAAUCUUAGCUUUGCUCAGAAAACCUCAAGUCUGCUCAUUGUAGAGUUAAAACUGUAUAUAAGACACUGAAGUGCCUCUUUCCUAUUCUCAGAUGUUUAGUUUUUCACGAUGAGAUACUUUUAUGACUGACGUUAAAUCUAUAAGACUAGCUCUGCGUGUCUCACACUGUUGACCGUCCGCUGUGGUUCUGUGCAUUGGCCGGGUGGGUUCUCUGUCAGCAGCAGGUGGCACACAUGGUUUUGUUUUUCAGUCACAGUGCUUUGACAGAGGAGGUGUGUUUCUCUUUGUUUUGGGUAAAAACUAACAGCCUCCAGUCAUGCUGUCCCCGAGUUUCUCCAUGUGAGCAAUGUGCUGCUUCAUGUACCUGGAUGUCCUACGUAAUGUUCUGUGGCCUGCUACCUAUGUCAUGUCAAGAGCGUCUGUCUCUUUAACAAGUUCACUAGAUCUGUCAUCUACAGCACCAUGUCUGUCCACCAGCUAGCCAGCCAGCCACCUGUCUCCAUCCACCUGCCCACCCAUCAACCGAGCUGUUAAUCUUUUUAAAAUAGAAUACGUUUACUUAAUGAGUUUUGAGAGGGCUUUACACAGUGUUCAAAUUUAAAGAAAAAAUGUUAGCACCUGGACAUUGUGAAAUUAUGGAGAUUUUGAUUCCUAAUACAAAGCGUAUAAUUUUUACUGUAAUGUGAGUUAGAAAAUCCUUAAGUCUUCUCAGGUAAACAGUUGAGUGCAUGGGCUCUGACUCUCUUGUCUUCAAAAGAGGUGACUGCAGGAUAGGACAAAAGAGCAGGCUCGUGCCGAUGCCCCUGACAGGACCCAUUGGUCUGUCCGACUGACUGCCUGUGGCACAGGAAUACAAAGCCUCGAGAAUGUAGGGAGUGAGCUCUUGGACACACAGCCUCUGUCUUCACUGGGCCUGUGUUGAGUGCUAAGUGCCUGUAGCUCACCAUGCCCGUGGGCCUGAAUGCAGUGAUGCGUGUUGGCACAGGGAACUUUACACUGUCGCCUCUCAGAAGGUGAAGAUGCACUGUACACCAGACUGUUUUUUUUUUAAUAUAGAAAGAUGAACUAAAAUUAAUUUUUCUUCUGUUGUAUCCAAUUAAAAUAUCUUGUGUUUGA